CUUGCAGCUGAGGGUUUGAGUCUAGCUGAGUGAGGUGGGAGAGUGAGGGGAAGAAUUGGGAAGCAUCAAUGGUGAUAUCGAGGGACAGUUCACACAGAAUAGCCAGUAAUGAUUGAGAAUCAUCAUGGAUGCAAACAUUGUUGGGUUGUCUUGCAGUCGUUAACCCCAGUCAGGCUCUCAGUGGACCAUGUCCAAUACUCCAGAAAUCGAUGCCGCCAUCCCGCAAUGACAAUCGCAUCACGCACACAAACAGGCCUGAUCCAUUAUCGCUAGGUUGAGAUAUCAUGAUCCUUGGCCCAGACCGUCCCGCUACUCAGCUGGUUUGGGACUGGCCAUCUGCAACUAGUCAAAACUACUGUAAGCCCAGAAAAAGAACUGCCAACCUGCAACUGGGAUAUCGGCAUCUUUUGCUUGCUUGAUUCUAAGCUUGUUUGAUUGAUUGCCUGACACUGCUUGGCCGGGCCACUCCAGAUACAAACCUCAACACGGGGAGCGGAAUUGUCUGGAAUUUUCUAUUUCCUCUGACUCUUCCUCCAACACUUAAUCUCCCUUGCCCGUCUUCACAUCCAUCCCUGUUUCUCCCCUUCUAAUUUAUCUCUUACAUAUCCAUGUAAAUGGGUGCAUGUUGUUGAGCCCAACCAACGUUGCAUCCUCCCGUACCUGACCUCACUCUACCUCACCGAUAACGCUUCCGCUCUUGUGUCACCAUAUUACAGAGCAAUUCCCUCUCACUCAUCCCGCCUUCUUUUAUUCCCCGCUUGUACAACAGUAAGAAGAAAAAAGUCGGGGGCGAUUUCUAGCUCGUCUCAUCUCGUCUUGAGUCAAUCCCACCACAUCACGAGAUACCCGCAUCUUUUGCCCACCGCCUUUGCAACGACUCACGACCGCAUCCGUUGCGUUUCUCACUCAAAAUCUCCCGCAUUCGUUGGGAUUUCUCAAAUUGUUCAGAAGGAAAAGAAGGGAAAAGACGACUUGGAAUGAGAAGAUUCCAAGCAAAUUACCAAUAAAACACCAACCGAGACAUCAUCACCCGCUUUUGACCUUAGCUCCCGAUAUCAUCUUGCUCCGAACGCGGCGCAACAGAACAAUUUCUGGGCGCAUUCGGUCAUAUUUACACAAACGCAAACACCCACGAAAAUAAGCAGAGAAACUGUUCUCAGAUUUAUUAUUAUUGCGCUUACCUGCAGCAAUCAGCUUCACCCCACCUUGUCCAACCCAACUCACGCGCAAUUUCUCCCGGUAUUUCUUGUCUCACAGAACCUUUGCAGCGCUCCCCCGCCAAUUUCAGGUCAAUGGUUAUCUUGAGCGUGUAAAAAGACCAAAUCAAAAGCAGAAAAGCUUUCGUCAUGCUCCUCGCUGCUCAAGCGCCUCAAGGGCGCUCUCGCUCAAAUAGCUUGCAGCAAAUGCUCGAUCUGGAAAAGAAGCUCAAUUUUCAGCGAACACAUCAGGGCUCUGUGCCUCCAUCUCCGGCAUGCACUGAUAGCAGUGGCUCAGUACCACCCAGUCCAGGCCACCCUCCUCGUCGUUUUGAAUUGGUGCCGAAGGAUAAGAAAGGUCCUACACCUGUUCGAAACUACUCCGCUGUUCCUCCUCCGCUCUUCUCAGCUCCUGAGCGCUCGGAGUCGCCAAACAUGAUCCCCCGAAAGCCCGUUGGAAAGAAUCUUUCUCAAUCAUCCUCAUCGGAGCAGCUCAAAGACGACAAGCCCGCUCACAAGACCGUGGCGUUCAUGUUUCCCCCUGAUGUGGAAGAGCAGCGCUCUGUGUGUCAAUCACCCACUUGGGAAGCAUACGAGCGUCAGAAGAAGGAGAAGAAAGAAGAGAAGCGAAAGGAGCUCCAGCGAAAAGAGGAAGAGAAACGAAAGGCGAAGGAGAAGGAACAAGAAUUAGCCAUGAACCAAGCUCUCGAAGAAGCUUGGAAGAACGCUCCCAAGCCUCGCGGUCGAAAAUUGAGCAAACCUCAACCGCCGCCUCCGUCUCUUGGAACUCAAGGACGCAGCACAACUGAGCCACCUCAGACAACACAGAAGCGACGAUCUCGCUCGUCGAGCUUAUUGGGAUUCUCGAUUGGUAGAAACAACGACGAUCCUGAAGAGCCCAGACGCAGUCGCUCCAGCUCGCUUACCUCCAUCUUCCGCAAGUCAUUCGAGAUCAAGCGUGCUUCAUUCGAUGAGACAAGCGCUACUGGUUUCUUGGGUGGCAAGAAGCUUGAGAAGAAGAAGGAGGAUUUCCACCAGAAAGUCCUCGAGGACCAGGCCAAGGGCGACAGCAGGGUUCAUCCCGCCAUGCGAAAGUCGUUCCUCGGCCAUGGGUCGUUCACACCUCUCAAGAUCAAUCCCCAACAGAAAGAGGAAGAUGCCAAACGAAGAGCGUACCCGCCUAUCUCGAUCAACACAUCCGGAGCGAGGGGCCAAUCGAAACCGCCCAAGUCGCCUAAUCGAAGGGGUUCAGUCAAUAUCUACCUGUGGAGCGCUCGAGCUCGACGUGGUUCUGUUAGCGAUGAUUGUGCAGUCGCCGACACGGACGAUGAGGGAGAUCAGAACACCGCGCAUACACCCGACAGCGAGAUCUUGUAUAACAAAGCCCAAGGUCUGAACAGACGAGGCGGUCUUUAUAUCAAGAAGGAUGAGGGCUCGACCAAAGACGGCGAACAAGGCGUCACACAUCGCUCUUCAAACCAGAGCAUGAAACAAGCCGUCAAGCCCAAAGACACCGAAAAACCUCCCCAGCAAGAUACAAUCACCGUCUCCCGCCCCCCAAUAACAACCUCAACACAACCCCAACCCCGACGCUCAUCAACAGCAUCAGGCCUUUCCAUCCCUCCAACACCUCCCAGAAGAAGCUCAAAGCGAGGAUCUCUCACACUCCUCACACGACUCAACCACAACCAACCAGCGUCCGAUGAAGCCAAGAGCGCUCCGGUCGAGUCAUCCAAGUCCAAGGAGAAGCUGUUCAGACAUAAUCCCCCGAGCAUCCGUUAUGAACAGACUUCGCCGGGUGUGCGACCGAAACCGAUCACUGCUGAUUCAGAACCCGCUGUGCCCACGAAAUGGAAGCUUAAGGAUGCUGCCAAGAGUGCGUUCAGCAGAGGUCAUUCUGCACAGAACUCGGUUUCUUCGACGAUGAGUAAGGAGAGUAUGUCGUCAAAGAUGAGUACUGCAUCUUCUGUUGGGCCGCCUGUGCCACCAAAGACAGAUUUGCCUACUCCGAAGGGAUUGGCUGGUGCCAACGAUGCCCCCAUUCGCACUCAGCAUGUUCACGCUCCGGUGAAGCAUCUCACACCAGGAACUUCACGCUCUCCUAUCGGUCGUCGCCCUACGACAAGUUCAUCAGAGUCCUCAUACUCCGAUGGGAUCCAAACUGUAUCUCCCAUGAGCACACCACACACAUCCCCUCCCCAAUCCGAAAUGGGCCACUCCCCCAACAUCGCAACCAUCAAACCCUCAAUGCACGCAACCGCCGGCCCCGUCAGUCCCUACUGGUCCUACACAAACUCCCCCCAAAUGGCACCCAUCGAUCGUUUCGACACCAACCCCUCCGACCCCGAAAUCGAUCCCAUCCAAGAAGCUGCCAACAGAGUAAUGGAAGCCUUCUCAAACGCCAACCUCCGCAGCUCAACACCCCGCCGAACACCCGUCUCCUCCGACGAGACAAGCUUCGCCUCAACACCAACAUACCCCCCUCUCAAACACAAACCCCGAAGCAAAGGACGUCUUCGCUCCGUUCAGAGCGGCCAUAGAUCGACCGUCUCCGACCCGGAAGCAACAAUCAAGACGCUCCGUAGGCAAUCGAACCUGGAGCACCAGAACCACGGCGAACCAAGCGCCAAGAUGUUUGUCGAGUGCUGCGCUUGCAUGCGCUACCAUGAUAUGCCAAGCAGACUCUACGAAGCCAUGUCCAACCCCGAUGGUGUACUGAGCGCUGGCUCAACAGAUUUUGCGGGGAGUGUUACCAUGACGGUGAAGUGUCCUUGGUGCAAGCAUGAGAUGAGCACAAAGUGCUGCGCUGGAUUCGCAGCCAUGGUGUACAUCAAGGAGAGAUUUCACUAAGUCAUGUUCUCGACGACCAUUUUCUUCUUCUGUUUGUCUAUAGACAAAUAUUGCACGACGCAAUUCGUUUUCUUGUUUACUACAGAAUCGGCGUGGAUGGAAAAAAAGACACGGUUAAUCUGAAUAGUGUACAGGUUGCUUGGCUAUAACAAGAACCAUGGGAAAUAUUGUAUUUAGUUUUUGACGAAAGUUGUAACGAGUCACGACAUGAUGAAUCUAAGAAACUAUUAUUCAACAAUCUCACAGGGUCUUGUCUGGACCCCUUGUUUGACGUCACAUCCACUCUUCCCCUCUCCAAAGUCUAGCCUUUUGAAGGCUCUUCUUGGCAACGAGUCUAUCGUUAAACUAAAGUUUGUUGAAAGCGAACACCUUCCCGUCCAAGAAUAGACCGUAAAUCACGAUACCGAAUGGCGGAGAAACGUGGUGGUGUCUGUUCUCAACGCCAAGGCUGCAGUGCGAUGACGGGCAUGAGGUGAGAAAAUCUUCUAGAAACGACAAAAAAGCAAGAAUAGAGCA